UUCGCAUGGUAAACCAGCAGCACAAAGAGUGUGCGCCGCUAGCAGAACAACGAAAACCAAACGUCAACUCUGCACUGACAGUUGACACCACAAAUGUCAAAUGAAAGACAAGAACGAAAAAUUCAUUGUUCGCAAUUUCUUUGACGUGUUUGGACGUUUUUUCGACGUCGUCGCGCAAGUUUACACACAAAAGGUGAAUGAAAAAAUGUGAAAAAUUUGCAAAUUCUAAAUAAAUUUACACAAUGUAAGCAGAAAACAACGAAAUAGCGAAAAAAGAAAAAUAAAUUCGAGAUACACAUUGAAUCAGUGUCCAAAUUAGCACAAGGAAGUGAGUGAAAAUUUAUAUGUAAAAGGGGGAGGCGUUUAUGUGAUUUAUGUGCUGUGAAAAUUUUCACCUCCUCUAUGAGGGAAGGCCGCCGGACGCACCGUGACAGCCUUACAAUUUGUGUGUAUUACAGUAUUAAGCAGGCAUUUCCAUCUAACCCUUUUACUGAUAAUUGUCGCCUGGAAGUGUGGUUCCAGAUAAAUCGCAAGAUUUUGCUCGCCAGAAAUUGAUUUGUGAAGUAAAGUCGCAAAGUCAGUUUUUUGUUAAAUCUGCGCCGUUGGUGUGAAACGGAAGCAGUCGCUCACACACCAAUUACUGCUGCUGCUGCUGCUGCUGCUGCUGCUGGUUGCAAGAAAAAUCGAUAAGCGGCUCUUGACAAAAAAAAAAUGUACAAAACAGAAAUGCAAAAACAACAAAGAACAAAACAAAGAAAAUACUCGUGAAAAAUACAUGCGCUAAAAAGAAAACACGAAUACGUGAUGAUAAUGGUGCGAACGUGCGUAUAAUGACCAAACAACAAAACGCACAGCAAGUAUAAAUUGGAAAAGUAAGCAUAUCCAGCCCAAUCUACAAACACCAAUACCGACUAAAGGUUUCAAAAAACACUCCCGAAAGACCACACAAACACACAGACACACACACAACCGCAACGGCGCUGUGGUGGUGUUAACGUCGGUGUCUGCGGUUGCUCCGCAAACGGAGUGGAAGCCACAGAAAAACACCAAAAAUCCAACAAACUCAGACACACACACACACAAAGACCGACACUCACAACCGCAUUCGUGCCCCUACUUACUUAACGGUAAAUCAUGAACGUGAUGCGUAAGUUACGUGGCAAUGCCACAGGCGGGGGCUCACCCACAGCAACUGGAGGUGGUGGUGGUGGCGGCACAGUUGGCACCACAGCUAAUGGCAAUAUAAGCGGCGCAGUUGGGACACGUGUCGGUGAUGAGAUAUCAACAGCCACGACAGAUGCACGCAUACAAAUCAGUUUACACACACUCAAACAGCUAUUCAAUGAGUACACACAUCCUAAAGAGGCGUUGAGCGAGCAUGAAAGGGAUAUGAAGUUAUAUCAGAUGUUACCGUUAUUUUGCAAGGUUUUCAGCACUUGUCCCGCAGCGGAUAUGAGCGAAAAGUUCUGGGAUGUGGUUGCCUUUUGUCAGCAAGUUUCACGUUUAAUGGUCAGCGAGAUAAGGAAGCGUGCGUCAAAUCAGAGCACCGAGGCUGCAUCGAUAGCGAUUGUGAAGUUUCUGGAGAUAGAAACGACCGAGGAGACGAGCAGCGGUUGGAUGUUGCUGUCCACGCUGAAUUUGCUGGCCAACGGCGAUGUGUCGCUGAUACAGGUUAUGACAGCUGCCGCAGUGCCCUCUACGCUCGUCAAAUGUCUGUAUUUGUUCUUUGACUUACCUAUUGUGGAGGACGAUCCACCGCCGGACAUUGGCGAGUCGGCGAGCGACUUUAAUGCCUACGAGCGACGCACUCUCUUGCAGAAAGUCUUCGUACAGCUGCUGGUGAAACUUUGCUCAUAUCCCUAUCCAGCUGAGGAGUUGGCGCGCAUGGAUGAUUUGACUUUACUCUUCUCGGCCAUCACAUCACCCUGCCCCACGCAUAAUAUUGUUUGGCGUAAAAAUGCUGCGGAGAUAUUGACGACCAUCUCACGACAUGGCCUAACCGAUGCGGUUGUCAGUUAUAUACAUUCCAAAGGCUGUAUGGCUCUAUGCGUGGAUAAUAUGCAACGUUUAAGCUUUGGCAAUCCGCUGGAGAUUGUCGAAAUGUUCGUUACCGUUUUUUGCUUCCUUAAGGAUUCUAGUCAAGUGUCACAAAUACUUCUCGAUGAUUUCAAAGCAUCACAAGGAUAUCUAUUUCUCAGCGAUUUUUUGCUCAAAUUCGACACAACGCGUACUCAUUCCAUUGAGGUGCAGGCCGCUAUACGCAACCUCGUACUAAUGAUCUCGUCGCUUUGCAUGUGCGGCUUCAACGAAUUGCGUCCACCACAGGUGCAGAAUACACUCUUCAAAAUGCAAAAUUUCCAAAUGCCACAAGCGAGUUCACGCGAAACUUGUGUACGUAACAUCUACGCAUUCCAAGUGUUGCAAACGGUCUUCCUGAAGUCCACCUCACCGGCGCUGUGCUGCACCAUAUUGGACGCCAUCUCGCGUGUCUAUCAUUCAGAGAAUGCCAACUACUUCAUACUCGACUCGGAGAAUACGCUGAGCCAAUUCACUGAGCGCAUACACCUGAAAGGACCACAGAUACAAGAGAAAUUCUUCGAUUUGCUAGAAUUUAUUGUAUUCCAAUUGAAUUUUGUGCCCUGCAAGGAGUUGAUUAGUCUCUCACUGCUGCUAAAGAACAAUCAUUCGACAAGCUGUAGCAUAUUGUGCUUGAAGACACUACUCAAUAUACUACGGCACAAUGCGGUCUUCAAGGAGGUUUAUCUCGAAGUGGGUAUACUCGAGGUUUUCGUCACCUGUUUGAACCGUUACGCCGAUCAUGUGCGUAAGAUUACGAAAUGUGACGAGAGUCUGGUUGUUGUGCCAGAUGAAGAUGAUCUGGAGGAUCUUACCGAUAUGCUGGGCAAGCACGUGCUCGAAGCGCUCACAAUACUGCUGAGUGGUAAUAACAACAAUGCUAAUGUGUUUCGUGAAUGUGGCGGCGCAAAGUGCAUACACGAUUUGGUAAAGUUCAAGCAUUGCCGUCCCCAGGCUUUGGGCAUCAUACGUGAGCUUAUACUCUCGGCGGGCGGUGAUGACGACAUGCUCUUCAUACUGUCCGUCAUGCAUGCAGUGCCGCCAUAUCAAGUGGAGUUCAAAAUACAAAUACUCAACAUGCUGUUGGGCUGCUUGAAGGAUUCACAUCGCACGCGCACCGUUUUCCGCAAAGUUGGCGGUUUUGUGUAUUUAACCAGUGUCUUCGUCUCGCUCGAUGGCAAGCUGUGCGAUGAGCCGUUGGCGAGUGUGGAACCUGAUGCACAGGCCAUUACACAGGAUGACCUGAUCUUGCUGCUGCAAAUUGUCUGCCAGACGCUGGCCACUGCGAUGCGUUUCGAGCCGGCGAAUGCGAAGUUCUUUCAUCAAGAGAUUUGUACGGCCUCGCUGUGUGAUACGCUGCGACUGUUGGGCUGCUUCGGCAGUGCCACCGAGCUGUAUGACUUCAAGGGCGAAUAUAAAAAUGAAAGCACCAUGCAAAAGUAUUUCCAUCAGGUCUUCGCGGGUGAUAUAUUGAAUCAAAGUUUCAAUAUGGACAUACCGCGCUCGUUGUCCUACGUCUGCGUCGUUUAUCGCCUGCUCUACAGCAUUGCGCUCGAUAACUUUGAAACACCGAACUUGUCCGGUGUUAUAACACUCUUCAGCGAUACGCACACGCGCUCGCCCAGCAAGGAGUUGCCGCCAGCCCAUCCAAAUCAACUAAAUCUUACGCAGCCUACGCCAGAGCCGCGUAUUGUGCAUCCCGGUGUUGUGCUUUGUAUGCUGCAGCUUCUACCGAGCAUUACGCACGAGACCGACGCCAUGUUGGCGCUCAACUUACAGGUUUAUCUCAGCGAGAUCAUCAAGUCCUUGGUGCGCAAUGAACGCAAUCAACAGAUAAUGUGUGACUACGGACUCGCCGAACAGUUGUUGAAGAUAGCGCGUAAUGCGCUCUCAGAGGAAACUAAUCCACUGCACGUCUCCAUGCAGUAUGUGCUCGAGCGAUUGGCUGCACAAGCUCUACAACCCACAGAGUUGCGCGAGUUUUUGCGUCUUGGCGAGCCGCUCUCCUGCGCUGAUAUUGAUCUGCGCAUGCCGUACCGCAUGGGUGGACCCGUGCCGUUGACGCGCAUCAAGACACUCGUCUCCAUGACAACGCCACGGGACUUUCGCGCACAUGGCUCAAGCACUUUGCCACCAUUCGUCGAAAUGGAUAUGUCUGCCGAGGGUUUUGGCUGCUUGUAUUUGCCCUCACUGGCACCGCAAGCUACCGCCACCACGGGCGGUACAAUAGAUGCGAAUACUAUUGGCGGUAUUGGCGCUGGCGAUCGUAUUUUCCCACCACAAACGGGGCUCUCGUACUCUACUUGGUUUUGUGUGGAGAAAUUCUCCGACCCAAAAACAGAUCCACAUUGCGUGCGCCUGCUGACGUUGGUGCGCACCAUACACAAUCCACGCGAAGAGAACUUGGUGUGCUUAUCUAUACUGCUGUCAGCUAGGGACAAGGCGAUUGUGGUGUCCACGCAGGAAACUUUGGUUACACCGAGCAAAAGCCUCGGCGACUGGGAGCCCGAGGGCUCGGACGAUAGCAGCGCACGUAUUUGGUGUCCCGAUUUGUUGCAUGAAGGUCAAUGGCAUAAUCUAGUUGUCGUGCUCAACCGCGCAGUGUUGAAAAACUCCAGUCUUUCACUCUAUUUGGACGGCACUCCCAUGCAUACACAAAAGCUGCACUAUAUCUCACAAAACCCCGGCGCUGGCUCUGCCAAUCUCGCAGUGGCCAGUCAAGUUUACGGUUACAUCGGCACACCGCCAAUUUGGCGUCGCUAUUCACGGCUCUGUUGGAAGCAGGGCGUUUGCCACCUACUCGAGGAUGUGCUCACACAACAGACAGUACAUACAAUCUAUAAUUUGGGUCCGCAUUAUAUGGGCUCACUGCAAGCACCACAACUCGGUAAGCAGAAUGAGGCUUUGCCGCCUUUGGUACCGGAAGAUCGUGUGCUUUUGGGCUUGAAUGCAAAGGCCGUUUCGCAGCUGACUUUGGUAAAGAUACGCAAGGUAUACAGUCGCGUUGAUAACAAAUCGAUAGCGAAGGUGUUGGGCAUGAACUCGCAUGAGAAUGCCACGCCUAUAAGAAUUCUACACAACUCCGCCGGGCACCUGGCGGGCGCUGGCCGUUCACUCGGCGGCGUAGUUGUUGGCUACCUGGGCGUGCGCGUUUUCAGUCCACACCCGGUCUCUGCCAUGAUCGACACCGUCGGCGGCUGCAAUGUGCUACUCGGCAUCAUCGCUAUGGCUCAGGAUGUGGAAUCGCUCUACGCCGGUGUUAAAGCGCUCACCUGUGUGGUGCGUAGUAAUCGCGCAGCGCAAAGCGAAAUGGAUCGUAAGCGUUGCUACCAGACGUUGGGCAUGUUUUUCAAGAAGAAAAAGAAUCUACUCAAUUCACACAUACUACAUUUGACUUUUGGCCUGGUGGGCACUGUAAGCAGUGGACAAGAUAUGUCGGCCAUACCGAAUGUGACAGCAUUUCAAGAUCUGCUCUGCGAUUUGGAGAUUUGGCAUAACGCACCGAAUGGUUUGUUGCGCUCGCUACUGGAGCAUCUGCUCGAACUGGCAAUCGAGUCGAAUGAGAAGAAACAGAAUGUGAAAAUUAUGGGCAACUUGCAGUUGCUCAAUAAACUGUUGCAUAUCAUUAUCGACAUACAAGAUCACUCCACACGUGAAAUACUCUUUAAUCUGAUUGAAACUCUGCUCGGCGGCCAGCCCCGUCACAGUGAUUUGCUGCUCUUCGGUCAAUACAUCGCCGCAAAGUUGCCGAAAUCCGAUCAAAUAGAAAAGGCGCUCAUAUUGCCGAGCAUGCGUUCAGCUGGCGGCGUUAACGGCAACUGCGCUGGCUUCAGUGAGCAUGAGUUGAUGGCACAGAAUAUUUAUCUACGCAAUCGUUGUCUCUCGCUGCUACACGGCCUGCUUUUCACGCCGCGCAACACUGUAAAUUACAUCAUUUGCGAUGACAUCUCCAAAACGCUCGGCAUGGAUUGGCUGCUGCUCUUCAUGCAGUCGCAUGUACAUUUCACAACCGUUAUCAUAGCGGUGCGCAUAUUGGUAGUCGUCUGCGCCAACGAGAAUUUCAUGGUGCGUUUUAGAGACUCCACACAUAACGGCGGCUAUCUGCGCUUCACAGAGAUGGUCUCGCAGAAGAAAAUGUUGGCGUUAGGCGCGCCACAACUCAAUACGGGCACGCAGAGUAGCGCUGGCUCCGUAAUUGUGACCACAGCUAAUGUUAUACAACAUUUGCCGACGCAGAUUGCAGGCGAAGUGCGCACCACAGCGCUGAGUAUACCAGGUUACCAAAUGCUCGAAUGGCUGCUCACACAUCAUCUCGACGUGCCCGAACUGUAUUUUCUCAUAACUGCCUUGAUUAUGGGCCAACCCGUCAAGGUAAUGGCCUCUGAGCAUACAAAAUUCGAUUUAGAUCGCGUGCGUCACUUCCUCUGGGGCACACCGCCCUCCUCGAAUGCGCCACUACCAAAAAUGAAUGUCUGCCCCGAGGCGGUGUGCGUGCUGCUUGGCAUGGUACGCGCCAUCGUGCACGCCUCGGAAUGCGCCAACUGGCUCAAUAGCCAUCCUGAGACAAUAAUUCAACUGCUCUUCAAUUUAUAUCAGAAUGUGACCGAUUUCAUGCCUGUCAUGAUGUCUGGCGAUGUAAUCACCUCGCUGGUUGCUGUGCUGUUUCCCAACUCCAAGGACGCCGGUGCUGAUUCGGAGCCAAACAGCGGUAACACAACACCGACCGAUAAUGGCACGAGCGCCUUUUUGUUGCGUGAGCACAGCGUGUCUAGCGCGCAAGCGCAUAAGCUAACACAGCAUCCGGUACGCAAGUGUAUUAUAGACUUCCUGCGUGUUAUUGUUGUCGACUCGUUGAGCUUGAAUAUGCAUGGCAAGACCACGCCAGUUAUUGAUCUCGUGCUCGACGCCUCACCUGAGUCGGCGGAAAUGGCGCUGCAAGUUGAGUAUCAGACGGAAAUUAUUAAUGCAUUGAUGGAACAUCUGCUGGCUGCGGAUGUGUUGGUGGGUGAACAGGCGGCGCUUUCCAUCGUGCCACUACUGCAGAGUCAUACACAGCAUAUAGCGCCGAAUGUGUUCUACUUCACAGCACGUGUGGUGGACAAGAUGUGGCAGGGUUGCUUAACGCGCAAUCCGCAUGAUAUUUUUGACUUUGUCAUCAAGCUGAUUGCGCAAGCGAAACGUCGCUCCUCCUCACUGACAAUCGAACAGUUGCAUCAUUCGCUGAACCGUACCAUAUUAUACCUGCUGUCGCGUCCCACAGAGUCUAUAACGGAACAGAUGAGCGUGUUGGAGGCUUUGCAUAAUAUAAUCACACAUCGUUUGCUCAUAUUUGGCGCAGGCAAUCAUGAGUUGGAAUUCAUUGGCUGUCUUACUUAUUGCCUGCUGCAGCUGACGUCGGAUAUGAAGAUCAUUUUGGAGCCGGCAACUAGUCGCAAUACCACUUGGCAUGUAAAUCCACAAACCGACACUGUUGAGCCGAAGGAUGAGGAUCUCAAUCAGCUACAGGGUCGCAAUUUGAUUGUCGGUGCCGCUUUUCGCGUCUGGGAGGAGUUGUAUGUUUGUAAAAAGCCUGCUAUCGAAGAAGUCUUUAAAGUAUCGCUCACCCCACCGCUACCAAAUUCUAAAGCACCCGAUCUACAAAGCACACGUGAGCAGGUUAUGGAACUUGCGUCCAAACUAUGGUUCAACUAUGUAGAUGCUGAGCGUAAGGCCUCCUAUCGCAUACCUUGGGAGAUACACAAUCAGAUACAAUCGAAGAUACAGAAAGUCACUGGCGGCUUAACGCGUCUGGCAAGUCGCACUAAAGUUAAAAAGGAUGAGCUCGUACGCACCAAAUCGACAAUGAGCAAAGAGAAUGCAUUCGAUUGUACGGCCAUACAUGUACAGUUGAUUAAGGACCUCUGGGAGCUACGCUGCAAACAGUACGUACAAAUGCAGCAGCAUACACAGCGCUACGUUUUUCAAGACUGGGUGCAAUCAGAGACUGAAUUGACACGUGAGCGCGGCUUGUGGGGUCCUGAGGGCAGCUCGUCCUUGGAUAAGUGGAUACUGGAUACGACAGAGGGACCGCAUCGCAUGCGCAAGAAAACUAUGCGUAAUGAGCUUUUCUACUUGCAUUACCCUUACAGGCCGGAAAUCGAUUUGCCCGAUAAUCGUCAAUUAAAAUACAAGGUGGCCACCAGUUUCGAUAGUAAAAUCUACUAUACACAUUGCCAGCAACCGCCACGCAUACUCUGUGAAACAGAUUCGCUGCAACAACAACACUCCAUACAACAACAAUACUCGGUGGAAGCCAAUAAUGCGAAGCCACCACAUCAAAACUCUGAAGGACCGAAUAGUGGCGGCACACCACCGCCACCACACUCACCACAGUCGGAGACAGCUACACGCUUACAAAAUCCACAAGAAUCCCUAGAUGCUGGCGCACAAGAAGAAGAUGAGGAAGAGGAGGACACAUCCAUGAUGUCCGAUAAUGAAACAUUCCUGCGUUUGUUGGAGGAACAAGAGAAAAUUUCAUUUAUGUUCCGUUGUGCACGUAUACAGGGUUUGGACACGUUCGAGGGUCUACUGCUGUUCGGCAAGGAGCAUUGUUAUAUAGUCGAUGGUUUCACUUUAUUGAAGAAUCGCGAAAUACGUGAUAUCGACACGCUACCACCAGGUGCUUACGAGCCCAUUAUACCGAAUUCAGGUGGUCCGUACACACGCACACAGAAGGCGCGACAGUGUUCGAAGUUUGCUUAUGAAGAAAUUAGAGAGGUACAUAAGCGUCGCUAUCUGCUGCAGCCCGUUGCAUUAGAAGUCUUCUCGGAAGAUGGACGCAAUUAUUUGUUGAGCUUUCCACGAAAAGUUAGAAAUAAGGUUUAUCAACGCUUCAUGGCACAAGCGACAGCUAUUAAUGACAAUGCACAGCAAUCGGUGGCGGGUCAAAAGCGCACAGCUAGUGUGGAGCAGACAUCGGGUAUAUUUAGCAGUCUCAUUGGUGAGACAUCGGUCACGCAACGUUGGGUGCGAGGCGAAAUCUCCAACUUCCAAUACUUAAUGCAUUUGAAUACGCUGGCUGGCCGCUCCUACAAUGAUCUCAUGCAAUAUCCAGUCUUCCCUUGGAUAGUCGCCGACUAUGAAUCGGAAGAAUUGGAUUUGACCAAUCCAAAGACAUUCCGUGACUUCUCCAGACCAAUGGGUGCGCAAUCCGAUGAACGUUUGGAGCAAUUCCAGAAACGAUUUAAGGAGUGGGAUGAUCCGCAUGGCGAGACUCCACCAUAUCACUACGGCACGCAUUACAGUUCCGCUAUGAUUGUCUGCUCAUAUUUGGUGCGCUUGGAACCAUUCACACAACACUUUUUGCGCUUGCAAGGUGGCCACUUCGAUUUGGCUGACCGUAUGUUUCACAGCAUCAGAGAGGCUUGGCUAUCCGCAUCCAAAUUCAAUAUGGCUGAUGUAAAGGAGUUGAUACCGGAAUUUUUCUAUUUACCAGAGUUUUUAAGCAAUGGCAAUAACUUUGAUUUGGGCACAAAACAAAAUGGUGAGACUUUGAAUCAUGUCAUACUACCACCAUGGGCUAAGCAAGAUCCUCGUGAGUUUAUACGUGUGCACAGAAGUGCCUUAGAGUGUGAUUAUGUCAGUCAGAAUCUGCAUUUGUGGAUCGACUUGAUAUUCGGUUGUAAGCAACAAGGUCCCGCUGCCGUAGAGGCUGUGAACGUAUUCCAUCAUCUUUUCUACGAAGGAAAUGUGGAUAUUUACACCAUCGAAGAUCCGCUGAAGAAGAACGCCACCAUCGGUUUUAUCAAUAAUUUUGGUCAAAUACCCAAGCAGCUAUUCAAGAAGGCACAUCCCGCUAAGAAAAUGUCCAACUCUCGGCAUUCUACACUUAUCGACCCGGGCGCUUUGAUACAGGGCAAUACCACCGUUUUACAAUCGGAACGUUUGUUCUUCCAUAAUUUAAACAAUCUUAAACCGAGCCUACAGCCAAUUAAGGAACUGAAAGGACCUGUUGGUCAGAUAUUACAACCAGAUAAGACUGUGUUUGCCGUCGAACAGAAUAAGGUCAUGAUGCCACCCUCCUACACUAAAUAUAUCGCCUGGGGCUUUGCCGAUCACUCGCUACGCAUAGGUCUCUACGAUUCCGAUCGCGCAUCUUUCGUUUCCGAAGCCGCGGCGCAGAACUCGGGUGAAAUACUUUGUUGCGCUUGUCCCAAUGGCAAGAUGAUUGUCACUGCCGGCACUAGCUCGGUGGUAACGAUAUGGAAAUUUGAUGCUAACCGCAAGAGUCUCACGGUACGCAACUCAUUACACGGCCACACAGAUGCAGUCACAUGUUUGGCCGCAAGCGCUGCCUAUAAUGUCAUCAUUUCGGGUUCGCGUGAUGGUACAGCAAUCGUUUGGGACAUGUCACGCUUUACAUUUGUGCGUCAGCUGCGCGGCCAUGCCGGUGUUGUGGCUGCCGUAGCGAUAAAUGAUCUUACAGGUGAUAUAGCGACUUGCUCAGCAACUUGGUUGCAUGUUUGGUCCAUCAAUGGUGAUCCGUUGGCGAUGGUGAAUACGUGUGUGGGCAGCGCCGAUCGCAUGCAACAGAUUCUGUGUGUUGCGUUCUCGCAGAUACGUGAAUGGGAUCAGGAGAAUGUCGUGAUCACCGGUUCGACCGAUGGUGUGGUGCGUAUGUGGUCACUCGAGUACACACAAGUACCAAUUGAUCGCAAGCUCAAGCGAGCGACUGAAGUAGGCUCACAGGAUCGCCCGGGCAGCACAGAGCGUGAAAAUUCAUGCGAGGCCAAGGAUGCAGGCGGCAAAAUGAAUUUACUCAAACAAAUGAAGAGUCUGUCGGUGCAGGAUGAAAACGUCAUUGCCAAAUCUGGCUCGGAAAGUAGCAUAUCAGAAGCUUCUGCGCACUCACAACACUCUACACAUUCCCAUAAGCAGAAUGAUGCGGCAGAUAAGGAUAAUAAGGAGCAAAGUGGGCGUCGGAAGAGUUCAUUGUCUGGCGCCAAAUCCUUGCACGAAAUGAAAGCCUCGACUGUAGAGGGCGAAAGUAUAGCCAGCAAAUGCGUUGAGGAAGAGGAACGCACCAUACGUCCCAGCAAAUCGGACACCAGUCUCACGGACGGCUUUGUAAUGGUGGAUAAUGAUAAACUUAAGAGUGAACAAUCGUUGAGAAAAGGCUUCAAAUGGCAACGUCAAUUAAUGUUCCGUUCCAAACUCACCAUGCAUACGGCAUACGAUCGCAAGGAUAAUGCCGAACCGGCGAGUAUAACUGCAUUAACCGUUUCUAGAGAUCACAAAAUUUUAUAUGUUGGUGACGCACGCGGGCGCAUAUUCUCUUGGUGUGUAACCGAACAGCCGGGACGUGGCGUAGCCGAUCAUUGGCUAAAAGACGAGGUGACCGAUCAGUGUGUGAAAUGUCAUGUGAAAUUCAAUCUCUAUGAACGUAAACAUCACUGUCGCAACUGUGGUCAGGUCUUCUGCAAUAAAUGCAGUCGUUUUGAAUCGGAAAUCUCACGUUUGCGCAUCUUAAAACCGGUGCGUGUGUGUCAGGCCUGCUAUAGUCAAUUACGCGCCAACUCAGUGGAUAAUUAA